AUGCGUUUCUCCGCCGCCUUUAUUUCGACCCUGGUGCUCUCUAGUACCGCACUGGCCGGUCCUGCCGCUCAGGUAUCCUCAGCCGUGGGAGCUGGCGCGACCACAGAGGCAGAGGCCAACAAAAAGGACGUUGCGCAACCACAUGCAAACAGUGAGAGUGCAUCGGAGGCUACUCCUUUUGUGCAAGCAGCAGAGAACAUUGUCAACACUGCUGCGCAGCAAAAUACCCAGACUGCAACUCACGCUGCAGCGGCAGUAUCUACUGCUGAACCGAGCAAGAACGACAAGGAAAACAAGGAGAACAAGGAGAACGCUGCUGCAGACAUAGACAACGCAGUGCAGAAGGACAACCAGAGUGCUACGACUUCUACCAGCGCUGAGACUUCGGCCAAGUCGGACACCCCGGGCCUGAACAACAUCCUGCCAACAGAGAAAUCUGCCUCAGAGACUGCUACAUCUCAGGCCUCUCAAAUCACUAAAACAGGCUCUAGUGCUCAAGACACAGCUUCCACGACCCAUUCCACAAAGUCUCCAGAAGAGACACCACAGAACUCCUUCACAGGCGGCGGUAGGGAAGACAAGUACGGCAACGAUUUUGGGAGAUUCCUGGAUGGAAUCGGGGGCCUGUUCUCCCCUACUCUACUGGCGGAUAUCGAGUCCUUCUUCCACCAUGUCGGCUAUCUCCUCGAUGACGAGACCACACAGAAUACCAAGGACCUGAUUAAUACUGCUUCCGGUCUGCUCACCAAGAGCCUGAUCACAAAGGUCACCGGACUGCUUGACAACGCCAGCGACCUUUUGACUGCCGAAUUCGUCAAGGAGACCAAGAGUUUGAUCAAUGCUGUUGGUCCCGUGAUCACCCCUGAACUGUUCAAGGAGAUCAAUAGCCUUCUUGGCAACGCAAAUCAUCUCCUGACUGCCGAAUUCGUGAAGGAAAUCAAGGACCUCAUCAACGCCGUGUCCCCUGUCCUGACGCCCGAACUGUUUAAGGAGAUCAGUAGCCUCCUGGGUAACGCCAACAGCCUUCUGACUCCUGCGUCUGUGAAGGGAAUCAACAACCUGCUCACUAACGCCGGUGGCCUGUUGACUCCCGACUUUGUCAAAGAGGCCAAGAGCCUUAUCAGCGCUGUUGGUCCUAAUAUCACACCUGAGCUGUUCAAGGAGAUCAAUAGCGUUCUUGGCAACGCUAACAAGCUCCUUACCCCCUCAACUACUAAGGAGAUUAGCGGCUUGUUGGUCAAUGCCAACGCUCUCCUGACGCCUGAAACAACCAAGGAAAUCGGCGGCCUUCUCAACAACGCCAACAGCCUUCUGACCGCCGACUCCGUCAAAGAUAUCGGUGGCCUCCUCAGUAGCGCCAGCAGCCUGUUGACGCCCAGCUUCGUGAACCAGACCCAGGGCUUGAUUGGCGGCGUAACGAAGUACCUGACCCCAGAAAUUCUCGCAUCUCUCGGCCCCCUGCUCUCCAACGCCAACGACCUCUUGACGGAAGAUGGCGUCAAGGAGAUCAAUGGCCUACUCGGCAACGCCAACGAUCUCCUCACCGCAGAUUCAGUCAAGGAGAUCGGUGGCCUGCUGUCCAGCGCCAGCGAGCUGCUCACGCCCAAGUUCGUCCACGAGACCCAGGGCCUGAUCGAUCUGGUCGCACCGGCUAUCACGUCUAAGCUCCUUACCAACGUCUCCUACUUGCUUGGAAACGCCACUGGCUUGCUGAGCCCAUCAUUCAUCAACGACACCCGCACUCUCAUCACUGAUGUCUCGCCUGUCAUCACUCCCGACCUCCUCGCUGAGGUGGGUGGUCUUCUCGGAAAUGCCGGCGAUCUCCUCACACCCAAGUUCGUGAACGAGACCCAGACUCUGAUCGAGGAUGCCGCAGAUAUCCUUCCGCUUGUCAUGAAGCUGCUCGGGUCGUUGUAA